AUGUCAGCCCCCAACCCAUCCAACACCAACCCUCCCUCUUUCCUCCUGAUGGGCAUCCCCAACCUGGAAGCUUUCCACAGGUGGAUUUCCAUCCCAUUCUGCAUCAGCUACAUCAUGGCUGUGCUGGGAAACCUCCUGGUGCUCCUGGCCGUGGUGCUGGCCAGAGGCCUGCACGAGCCCAUGUUCUGUUUAUUGGCUGUCAUCAGCCUCGUCCUCUCCACUGCCGUCGCUCCCAAGAUGCUGGGGCUGUUCUGGUUGGAUCUCAGGGAGAUUGACCUCGAGGCCUGCUUGAUCCAGAUGUUCUUCACCCACGCAUUCGCCGCAGUGGACUCAGGGCUGCUCCUGGCCACGUCCUUGGGCCGCUACGUGGCCAUCUCCCCGCUGCAGUCCGGCUCCAUCCUGAGCUGCCCGAGGGCCGUGGGGGCAGGAUUGGUGUCCCUGGCCAGGGGAGCUGGCAUCAUGAUCCCCCUGGUGUGCCUCCUCAGCAGGGUGAUCCCUCACCACCGCUACAGCCCCAGCACGAACACACUGCUCAAGGGGAGCGACUGUGCCUUCAUCACCUCCUCCUGCUGCGGGAUCCUCGGCGCUGUGCUGAGGCUGCCGCCCCACAGCGCUCAGGCCCUCGGGACCUGCUGCUCCCACGUUCUCGUCAUCCUGCUCUUGUACCGAGGCGGGCUCCUCUCCAUGUCCCUGCAGAUGUUCACACCCAGCCUGGCACCUCACAUCCAAGUGCUGGGGGCCAAUUCCUGUCUGAGGGUCCCUCCCAUGCUCAACCCUCUCGUUUACGGCAUGAAGGUGAAGCAGAUCCAGGAAGGAAUCUGCAGACUGCUGGGGCAGGAGCCAGGAGCUCACAAGCUGCUGAAGGUGGCUCAGAUUCAGAGAGACAGAAGAAGAUUUCUCCCAUCCCAGAACAGGUGUGAAGCUGAGUGCGGUGAAUUGUCCCCCAGGAAGGUCCAGCUCUCUCUCCAGAAAGGGAACCUGGACCAGCCGCCUGACGCUGACACGGCAACAGCCGAAUCACAGGAAACCAACGGUGAUGAUAAUGACAAUGAUGAUGAUGACGAUAAUGAUGAUGGUGAUAACAAUGACAAUGAUGAUGAUAAUGAUAUGAUGAUGACGAUGACGAUGACAAUGAUCACAAUGAUGACGAUGAUGAUGAUGAUGGGGCUGAGGCUGCAGCACUUGGAGCUGGAGCGCAAAGCCAAGGGACAAACUCCCUAA